AUUCAUUGUUAUUGUUAUUUAAUUUUAAUUCUUACUACUACUAAAUAUUUAUAUUUUAUUUAACGAUUUAUAUAAAAUGUUAAUUUAAAGCAUAGUUAUAAUGAUUUUAAGCAUUAAAAAUAAUACUUCUUUCAAUAAUCCAACUUUACAUUUGACUUAAUAAAAGUUACCAAUAAGUACCUAGUUCAAACAUUACAAUCGUGUAGUCAACCAAAAAUAUGGGUAUAAACAUCGACUGUGUUAUAAUCGACCAAAAGUUAACAAACGUGUUCAAAACGUACAACAAGUAUAUAAAAUUCCGAUUUGACUAUGUUAUAAGAACAAGUUUUACUCAGUUACCAAAUGAACUUAAUCAUAAUAUUGAUUGUGAGUAAUAAACCUAAUUAUUUUAAUUUAUUGUGUUAAUAAUAAUCAUUUAUUGUUACACUUAUAAUUCAGGAAUUAUUUUAAUUUAAAUCUUUUUCUUCUUCUUCUAAGGCCUCUUAAAGACCAUUAAGGUCCAUUGCCGCAACAACAACAUCCUUCCACUUUUCCCUGUCUCUUGACAUUUCCUCCGCAUUUUCCACACCAAUCAUCCUGAGGUCAUCCUUGACUCUAUCAGCCCACCGUUGCCUGGGUCUUCCUCGAGGUCGUUUUGUGUUUGGUUUCCAUUUUGUUAUGCUCCUCAGUACUCCUUCAGAUCUUCAAACAUGACCAGCCCAUCUUAUUCUGCUACUCUUCAUAAUUCCUAUAAUAUCGGCUUCUCCAAAUAGUUCUCUUAACUCCUUAUUUGUCCUAAUUUCAAAUUCACCUCCUUCAUUCUUUUUUGGUCCAAAAAUUUUCCGAAGUAUUUUUCUUUCCAAAACACCCAAAUUCUCAUCCAUUUUUGUGGUUGCCCACGUCUCACACGCGUAUAAUGCUAUAGGUCUAAUUAAAACUUUAUACAAUGUUGUCUUUGAUCUUCUUGAGAGUAAUUUUGAUUUGAAUAGUGUGGAUAAUCCAAAAUAACAUCUGUUUGCUGCUAUCAAUCUUUCUCUUUUAAUUUAAAUUAUAAUUUUAAUUUAAAUUAUAAUUUUAAUUUAAAUAGUCUAAAUAAUUGUCUUAUGUAUACCGUUCAUUGAUUUAAGUGCCGAUUCAGUAUUGAUUAUACAAAAUGUUUGAAAUUCCAAGACAAACAUAUAUUGUUUUUAGUUAUAAUUCAGAGGAUUAAUGUUUUAUUAUUAUAACUAAGCAACUGUCUGAAUAUGUUCUAUAUAUAUCAAAACUGUUAAUAAUAUGUUUACACAAUUAUUUUAUUAUGAAUUAAACUUGAAAUAGUUAUCAAAUCAAACAAAUAUUUAAUUAUUAUAGUUGUAAAGUUACCUCUUCUCGUUAUAUUUUAAAACAGGUUGAAACGAUAUAGAAGAAUUCAAACAUAAUAUUAGAAAUACCAUUAAUAAUGUAUACCUAAUAACACAGUUUUAACACUUAACAAAUAUGAAAAAUACAUUGUAAAUACAUAUCUAGGUCAUAGAUAUAUACUUAUAUUUGUCAAUUUGAACAAGAUUUUUUUGUAAAAUCAUAAAAUCCAUCACACAUGUAGACACUAAUAAUUUUUUUUUUAAAUUUAAUAACUAUAACCCACAAUAAGUAUUAAGCGAGGUUUUAAGUUCAUUGACUUUAAUAACAAAUUAGUUUACCUACAAUUUUUUUAAAUGACAGAAAUAUCUUAUCUUAAUAAAAUUCAAUAUGUUUAGGAGACUAAAGGAAUUAUGAACAACAAUGAUAGUUCUUAUGUAAACAGUGCAAAAUAUUUUGACCACCUAUUAAUCUGAUAUCAUUGAGAAUGGUUGCAGAUUGAAUGGGAAAUUUUAAACCAACCAUAGGUUUAAUGAAUAAGCUAUUCUGUUAGUACACAAUUAAUUUAUUAAUCCUAUUGGUGAUCAGGCCAAAUUUUUAUCAGAUUAAUUAAGGAAUAGGUGGAUAUCUACUUAUUUUUUGGUUAUUUUGCUCAUUGAGACCUUACAAACAAAUCUCUCUCUAUUUCACUCUACUAAUUUCUGUUAUCCUUCAUUGUAAAUCAGUUUUUGAUUUUUCCACGUCAUUUUUAACACAGCCCUUCUAGCAUAACCGUCGUCCCAAUGGUCAUAAUCACUAAGUAUUUCCUAGAUGUGAACCUUUUAAACACAUGUCUUUCAAUGAAUUGUCCUUGUGGUGGAUAUCUAAAUGCAUCAAUAAUUAGACCACUUUUAUUUGUUUUAAACAAUGUUAUUAACUUUAUUGUUCUUAAUAACUAUAACUUAAAUUAGAUGCACUUAUGAGUUUGUUCUUUUUUUAGGUUUUAGAAAUAUUUUAACAAUUCAAAGGGUUUAAGGUACUUGUCAUUUCUUUAAUAAUUAUUAAUAGUUUCCUUGAAAAAAUUCAAAUACUUUCAAAAUCAUGUUUAAAAAUAAAAAUAAAUGUAAUUUUUAAAAUUUCUGAGGAUUGUGAUAAACUACACUUUUUUCCUAUGAAUUACCUAAUAAUUUGUUACCGAUAUUCUUUUUAAAUAUGAUAAUAAUGCUAUUUAAUAUUAUUAUUUCUAGAUUCUAUUUUUGAUCCAAGUCAAAAGAUUUUAUUAGCUUGUAUUAAUAGUGAUAAUAAUUUAAAUAAUGUCAAUAAAUUGCGCGAAGAAUUGAAAAAUAUAACAUCAGAAGUUAAUUUAAAAAAAAAUGAAAUGGAUCUAAUGGUCUUGUAUGAAGACGGAUUAAGAAAAAAAAUUAAACUUUUGGAAGAUAUUAAGAAAAAAAAGGUAAGAACAUUUUUUUCUUGUAUAAUUUAUUAAAAGUUAUAUGUUUUCAAUACCAUAAUAAUAUCAUCAAUCAUCAUAAUUGUCUUGAAAUUAACAAAAAACCUAGGAAGAUUUAAUUCGAGAAACAACCAGUGUAAGUCUUAGAAAAACUGCAAGAGAAAAAGUUCAAAAGGAAUAUUAUACAGUUCAUAAAAAAUAUAAUAAGAUUCUAACUGAGUUGAAUAGAACAAAUAAGUCAACAAAAACAAAUACAAGUUCUAGUAAAGGAAGUAGUAAAACUUCGGAUUCAGAACGAUUACAUUGUAAGGCUAAAAAAUACGAGGCUAAAAUUGAAAAAAUGAAUGACAUUUUAAAAAUUGCUAGCGACAGUAAAGAGAAGUUAGUUUUAAUCAAGUUUACAAGUUAAUAUACAAGUUAUAUACAUAUUUUAAUAAAUCUUAAUAAUAUUUUAUAUUCAGAGUAUUAGAAUAUCAAAUGGAUUUACAAACUUCUAUGGAUCGUUUAAAACUACAUUAUGAACAACUAAAUAUUCAAUUAAAAAAUAAACAGACAUUAACAAUAUCAUUAGCAGAAAGUGAAAAGCGAAUGCACCAAUUAAAAACAAAUUUAUCCAACUUGGGGGUAGGUACAACAAAUUGUUUUUUGCAUGUUAUAUAAUUCACAUAAUAAGUUCUUUUAAUUUGUUCUAAAAUUUUUGAUUUUAGGUUUUAUCUAGUAUAGAAAAAAGUAGAGUUCAUACAUCUUCAAAUUUGAUUGAAGAAGAUAAUUUGAAAAAAGAAUUUUUGGAAUUACAAAACAUGAGGAAUGAAAUUUUAAGUGCUCGUCCUAGAGGAAUGUUUAAUCCAAAAUACCAAAAGGUUUUAAAAUAAUCAUUAAAUUUUAUAUUUAACUACAACUAAAAUUUGAUCAUAACUUAAUAUAUCAACCUAGUACUAACAAUUUAUCUUUUAAAACUACAUUUUGAGUUUGUAUACUUAGUUUACAUUAUAUUAUAUUUAUAUUUCUUUUAGGAAAAAAAUUUAUCAAAAGAAGUGAUCAGAAAAUAUUUUGAAAAUGACGAAGCAAUUGAUUGUAUAGACUAUUUAAUAGAAUUAAAAAAUAAUGAAGUGUUCAACAGUGAUACUAAUUUAUUGAAAUAUAUUCAAGCAGUAAUAUAAUAUAAUUCUAGAAUUGCAUAAUACUAACGUAAUCUAAUUAAUUUAUGGAUUUGUUUGUACACAGAACUCAAAUGAAACAACUAUUUUCAUGAAAUGUCUAUCAAAUUUAAGUAUUGAUGAAGUAAAAAAAUUGCUAAUACAUUUUUUUAUUAAAGUUGUGGAUUUAAAAGAAUCAGGAAGAGAGAAUGAUGAAAUAAUUGCUAAACUUGAUGUAAAUUAAUUUAUUAAUAAUAUUAUGUACUUUUUAUAUAUUUACACAUAAUAUAUAAAGUUAAGUCUCGAUAACUCAAAAACUUAAUAAUUAAAUUUGUUUUUUAUUCUACUUAAAAUAUUUUGACUUAAUUUCAGUAAAUUUAAGUUAGUUAUCUCGAAGCAAUUUUUUAUUCCCCUUACAAUUUGAGUUAUCGUAACCCAACUGUAUUAUAUUUUUAAUAACGAUAAACUACUAACUCUAUUAAAUAAUAUUUUAAGGAAAUUAAUGAUAAACAAAGACGUAGCAUUAUAUCUUUAAAUAACAGUUAUCAAGAAUUUCAUUUAUCAAUUGAGAAAAAACUUGUGUCACUAAGAAAGUCCUACCAAGAAAAACUAAACUUGUUAUUCUCAGUGUUGGAUGAAGAGAAUAAUCCUAUAAAUACACUUAAAAUGGGACAAGAAAUCUCAAAUUUGAAAAAGAGAAUACAAGAGUUGGAGAAAUCGCGUACAACACAUACAGGUUAAUACCAAGUUAUUAAUUUCAUACAUAACUAUGUUUAUUUAAUUGACUAAUUAAUUACCUACUAAAAUUAUUGCAGUAAGACCUAAAGAAGUGUUGAUGAUGCCAGAACCUCAUAUAAGCUUAGAUGAAGCAUCAAAAUCUGGAUCUGAAACUAUGUCGUCGGCCAAAGUGACAUACUAUAAAAAUAAGCUAAAAAUCCAAAAAAAUAAGUCUAAAUUGACUUAGGAAACUUCUUAAAAUAUACAGUAUUUUCAUGUUGAUUUAAAACAGACCUAACUGAUUUUUUAAACUAAAAAUUUAAAAUAUUUACUUCCUAAAUUAUGUAUAAUUUAUAACUGUUGUAUAAAUACAAAUAAUAAAAGAAAUUGUUUACUUAUUGACGUACAAU